GUUGCGAUUUUGUCCAGGUCCAUUCAAGCAAACCCCGUCAACCUCCUUCUCUCACUCCAUCGUCUUUGUGAUUUGAGGUUCGAUCGCCUCAAUAUUCCACAAUGGCGCCAGUUUCCAAGCAGCGGAAAUUGAAUCGCGAACCCGCGACCAAGAAAGCUCCUCCCACCUCUCCCUCGCCGUCCCCCGAGCCCGAAGAAUCCAAAGAGAAUGAAGAGCCAGAAGUCGCCGAGGAAGAAGCCCCCAAGACCUUCAAAGAACUCGGAGUCAUCGAGCAGCUAUGUGACGCCUGCACGGAACUCGGAUAUAAGGCUCCCACGAGGAUCCAGGCGCAGUCUAUCCCGAUUGCUCUACAAGGGCGCGAUCUGAUCGGUUUGGCGGAAACCGGUAGUGGAAAAACGGCCGCCUUUGUCCUUCCAAUCCUCCAGAACUUGAUGGAAAGCCCUCAAUCCCUACACUCCCUGAUCCUCGCUCCGACUCGUGAACUUGCGCAGCAAACCUCCCAGGUCGUCGAGGCGUUGGGGUCGUUGAUCUCGGUCCGCUGCACGCUGUUGAUCGGAGGUGUGGAUAUGGUUUCGCAGUCCAUAUCCCUGGGGAAGAAGCCGCACGUUAUCGUCGCGACGCCGGGUCGCUUGCUGGAUCAUAUGGAAAACACAAAGGGAUUCUCGCUGCGACAGCUGAAGUUCCUGGUUCUGGAUGAAGCGGAUCGUCUGCUGGACAUGGAUUUCGGACCCCUGCUGGACAAGAUCUUGAAGAUUCUCCCGAAGCAGGGCCGCCACACAUACCUCUUCUCCGCGACGAUGUCGAGCAAGGUGGAGUCCCUUCAGCGUGCCUCUCUCGUCAACCCUGUUCGCCUCUCAAUUUCAUCCAAAUACCAAACUGUCUCCACCCUUAUCCAGCGCUACGUUUUCCUGCCGCACAAGUACAAGGACAUUUACCUCGUGUAUCUCCUCAACGAAUGGGCCGGACAAACAGGCGUGAUCUUCACGCGCACAAUCCACGAAACCCAGCGAGUGACCCUCAUGCUCCGAAACCUCGGAUACGGAAGCAUCCCCAUCCACGGACAGCUCUCACAGAGUGCCCGAAUGGCAUCCAUCACCAAGUUCCGCGCCAAGGCGCGCAACCUGCUCAUCGCUACCGACGUGGCUGCCCGUGGUCUCGAUAUCCCCUCCGUCGACUUCGUCCUGAACUACGAUCUCCCCCAGGACAGCCAAUCCUACAUUCACCGAGUCGGGCGAACGGCUCGUGCGGGCCGCAGCGGAAUUGCCAUUUCGUUCGUUACGCAGUAUGACAUCGAGACGUGGAUGAGAACCGAGAAAGCGCUGGGCAAGAAGCUGGAUGAGCAUAAGAUUGCCAAGGACGAGGCUAUGGUCUUCGCGGAACGAGUCGGCGAAGCUCAACGGUCGGCUGCGAUCGAGAUGCGGGAUAUGGAUGAGAAGGGCAGGGGAUCGAAAUUCCGACAGAAGGGUGGUAAGAGAUCGAGAGACGGUAUGGAUGAAGAUCAGGGUUGAUUUACUAGAACUCCCACAAAAGCGUUUGAUUUGUCUAGAGCUUAAUACCAAUUUGAGUGUAUCUGUGAAUAUAAUCCCGCGAUGCAGGGCUCAAUGAAGUAG